AAUACAACAGUAUUUUUAUUGGAUUUCUGCAUCUCCACCAAAGCAUAUUUUUAUUUAGCAUUUGGUGGCCCACCUUUGUUUUGCUUGUAUUAUAGCGUCUUCUGCAUCCACCGUUUACGUUUUUGUCCGUUCUUUCCAGUUUUUCGCUGAAUCUUUUCCAUCAUUUGGCAUACCAACUAAAUACACUAGGCACUCGUUGCUGGCCCUAUUCAUUCGCUCCCUACACCUGACACUCGCUUUUCAUAUCCAUGUACACAAAACGGAGCCUUGAGCUCGAACCUUUCAGCCAACAGCUUGAAAUUAUUGCCAACCUCACUAUUUCCAACUCCAGCUACAGUUUGCCUUCUGUGUACAAACAGCAGUACUACCAGAACCAGACUGACAAGUACACGUUGGCGACCUUUGCUGCCGCUGCUGUUGUAAAGCAGGAACAUCAGCAGCAGCAGCAGCGGCAACACCAACACCAUCAGCAGCAACACCAACAGCAGCACCAUCACGCCUACCAGAGCCAACCUCAAAGCCAGUACUCCAACCAGUACGCACAGUACCAAAACUACUCCCAGUAUAACCAAACUCCAUACACCGGGUACCAGUAUCUACAAACACAAAUGCAACCAGUUACAAGCUUACCCACGCCAUUGGAACCUCAGGCACCGGAGCUGCAACCUCCUAACUUGUACAAUUUGGACCAGUCGGUAAAGCUUCCUUCACCAUUGCAAUCACUGGAACUGACUCCACCAAGUCAAGCCAGCCAACAAAAACAACCGGACCUGUUUGUGGCCAGCUUCCAGUCGCCUCAGUUGUCUUCCAGAAACACGCAGAUGUACGACACCGACUUAAACCUCAGCAAUCACUCAUUACCUGCGAGCGGCCUCAAAUAUCUGUUGGACUUCAAUCCCAGUCAAAUCAGCUGGGACUUGAACGAUACUUCGAUCUGGAACAAAGACGAUAGAAGCAUCUGGUGAGCCCCAGAAAUUCGCCGAAGAGUAUUCUUCACGCCUAUGUAACUUUAUAUAUGGAACCGGACAGGUUAGGAGUUCAAUACAUUUACACACU